AUGUAUACCCGUGCAGCCCUCUCUGACAUCAAGGAGCUGCACGUAGGGAAUUAUAUCCUCCUAAAAACCAUCGGCUGGGGAGCCUUUGCCUCAGUGUGGCUGGCGCGGCACACUGUAACGGGCAAAGAAGUGGCAGUGAAGGUUCUGCGUCAACAGGGCCUCUCUGAUCCUUCUGAUGAAGUCCAUGCUCUCCAGGUACUAAACCAUCCAAACAUCGCCCACUUGUUUGAAGUGGUUACCACUGAAGACAAUGUAUAUCUCUUCCAAGAGUAUAUCAGCGGCGGUGAUUUAUUUGACUAUUUGAAGAAUAGAAGCCGCAUGGCAGAGGAGGAAGCCCGAACUACCUUGCGCCAAUUAAUAUCUGCGUUACAACACUGUCACCAACGUGGCAUUAUCCACAGAGAUGUUAAACCUGAAAAUAUACUGCUAGAUGGGGAUAACAAUGUGCGUCUAGCAGAUUUUGGCUUGAGCGUAGUCCUUAAAGAUGAGAAGCUAACAGCCUGCUGUGGGACUAUACCAUACAUAGCGCCUGAGGUAUUACAACGUGAACCUUAUGAUGAAAAGGCCGAUGUAUGGAGUGUCGGGGUGGUACUCUACAAGAUGCUGACAAAACAAUUACCAUUCGAGGGGAAGACCACCGAGGAAGAAGAGAAUAGUGUAUUGAGGGGCGAUUUUCGUUUACCACUGUAUCUCUCCCGAGAAUGUAGAGACCUUUUGAAGAAAUUAUUGACCUACAACCCCAGCAAGAGACCAUCUUUGGAGGACGUAAUGAGAGACUGCUGGCUCAACAUGGGCCAGCCAGAGGCCCUAAGACCUUAUGUUGAGCCACCCCAAGGGGACCUGAAUGCUCAGGUUAUAAAAAUCAUGACAAAUAUGGGCUAUGAGGAACAUGAGAUACGAGAAUCGGUAACUUCAAAAAAAUAUGAUAGUCUUAUGGGGACCUAUCUAAUUUUAUCUACGACGACACCUCAAAUGAAGAUCUCCACAAUUAAGGUAAGGCCCUGUUCCUCCCCUGACCCUAACAUCAAUACUUCUGCAUUCCAAGGGGUUCAGGCAGAAGGGCAAAAGGGCGGAGACCCAGCCACUUUUCCACCCAGCUUCGAGUCAAGGCUGCCCACCUCCUCAGGCAGCACGGAAGGGGGGAAGAACAUUCUCAAACCAACAACCACCACACCCCCAACAAGGGAAGAAGUGAAGACCACCAUCAUCCCGGUCAGGGAAGAAGCUAAAACUACCACCUCGCGAACCCAUGAAGAAGCAACGACCACCACCAUCUUACCCAGAGAAGAAACGAAGACCACCACCUUCCUACCCAGAGAAGAAGUGAAAACCACCACCAUCGUAUCCAGAGAAGAAGAGAAGACCACCACCAUCCCAACCACGGAAGAAACAAGGAGCACCACUCCAAUACCUGGCCCAAAGUCGGGGACCACCACCUCCAGUAGAGCGCUCCACUGUGACCCUGGGAACUCCCCCAUCACCCAUAUCAGCAGCACCAGCAGGGUUGGUGGAGCCCCCGAGGAAAUCACUAAUGAAAAUAGCCCUCAAACUGCUCAUUCUGAUGUCAAGUCCUCAGCCUCGUUCCCUGGCCACAUCCAGGGCAAACAGAGGAAGAAGCAGGAGCACCACCAUCAUAGUCAGGGACGAAGCAAGGAGCACCACCAUCACAGCCAGCAAAGAAGCAAGGAGCACCACCAUCAUAGUCAGGGACGAAGCAAGGAGCAUCACCAUCACAGCCAGCAAAGAAGCAAGGAGCACCACCAUCCCAGCCAGCAAAGAAGCAAGGAGCACCACCAUCAUAGUCAGGGAAGAAGCAACGAGCACCACCAUCCCAGCCAGAAAGAAGCAAGGAGCACCACCAUCACAGCCAGCAAAGAAGAAAGGAGCACCACCAUCACAGCCAGCAAAGGAUCAAGGAGCACCACCAUCACAGCCAGCAAAGAAGCAAGAAGCACCACCAUCCCAGCCAGCAAAGAAGCAAGGAGCACCACCAUCCCAGCCAGCAAAGAAGCAAGGAGCACCACCAUCAUAGUCAGGGAAGAAGCAAGGAGCACCACCAUCAUAGUCAGGGACGAAGCAAGGAGCACCACCAUCCCAGCCAGCAAAGAAGCAAGGAGCACCACCAUCAUAGUCAGGGAAGAAGCAAGGAGCACCACCAUCACAGCCAGCAAAGAAGCAAGGAGCACCACCAUCAUAGUCAGGGACGAACCAAGCAGCACCACCAUCAUAGUCAGGGAAGAAGCAACGAGCACCACCAUCCCAGCCAGCAAAGAAGCAAGGAGCAUCACCAUCACAGCCAGCAAAGAAGCAAGGAGCACCACCAUCCCAGCCAGCAAAGAAGCAAGGAGCACCACCAUCAUAGUCAGGGACGAAGCAAGGAGCACCACCAUCAUAGUCAGGGACGAAGCAAGGAGCACCACCAUCAUAGUCAGGGACGAAGCAAGGAGCACCACCAUCAUAGUCAGGGACGAAGCAAGGAGCACCACCAUCACAGCCAGCAAAGAAGCAAGGAGCACCACCAUCACAGCCAGCAAAGAACCAAGGAGCACCACCAGCCCAGCCAGCAAAGAAGCAAGGAGCAAGCAUCAUUCCAGCCAAGGAAGAAAGCGAAGACCACCACCAUUCCACCAGGGAAGAAGCAAAGACCACCAACAUUCCAGCCAGGGAAGAAGAGAAGAUUACCGCCACCUCAGCCAGAGAAGAAGCACAGACCACAAACAUCCCAGCCAGGGAAGAAGCUCAGAGCACCACUAUCCCAGCAAGGGGGGAAGCAAGGAGCACCACUACCAUACCUGGCCUACAGUUAGGGACUGCCACUUCCAGUUCACCUCUCCAGUGUGA